AUGUCGGACCUCACAGCACUACCCAAGGGAUCUCUGAUCCUCGUCACCGGGGCCAACGGAUACAUCGGCUCUCACACCAUCAACACGCUCCUUCAACUGGGCUACCGCAUCCGUGGUACGGUCCGAUCCGAAAAGCCAUGGCUCACUGAGCUGUUCAAGAACAAGUACGGCGAGGGCGUCUAUGAGCAGGUGGUCGUCCCUCGUCUCGACGACCCGGAGGCUCUCGGGCAGGUCAUGACCGGCGUUGACGGCGUCAUCCACGUGGCUUCCGACGUUUCCAUGACCGACGACCCCAACGCCGCCAUUCCCUGGGUGGUAAAGGCAACCGAGAGCGCCUUGGCGGCCGCGGCGAAACACUCUUCGGUCAAGCGAGUUGUUCUCACGUCUUCCGCCUUUGCAGCAGUGGUCCCCAUCCCCGACAAGAAGGGCGUUCACGUCGACGAGACGACGUUCAACGAAGACGCCAUCAAGGCCGCCUGGGACCCCAACACUCCCAAGGAGAUCAAGCCGGGUUACGUCUAUGCGGCGUCCAAGGCCGAGGGCGAGCGGGCUGCGUGGAAAUGGGUUGAAGAACACAAGCCCGGGUACACAUUCAACACUGUCCUGCCCAACUUCAACACGGGAGAGAUUCUCCACCCCGAAAUCAGGGGCUCGACCAUGGGCUUUGCCCGCGACGUGUUGAAGGGCCAAGGAGAUAUGCUGCUCGCCUUCAUGCCGCAAUGGUACGUCGACGUCGUUGACGUUGCGCGUCUCCACGCCGUCGCCCUGCUUGCCGACCCGGUCAAGUCGCAGAGAAUCUGGGCGUCCGCGGCGCCCGUCAACACGUCUGACUUUAUCGAUCUCUUCCGCGAGCUGAGGCCGGACAACAAGCUCAUACCGGAGAAGCCUGCGAGCGAGGGCCGCGACCUCACCGAGCUCCCUCCGGCAGCCAAGGCCGAGGGUUUGUUGCAGAAGUACUUUGGCCAGAAGGGCUGGACCCCUUUCAGGGAGAGUGUCGAAGCGGGAAUCCGCGAUUCGUAA